ACCUCUCAAAAUCUCUCCCGCCACCUUUUCCUUUUCAUCAUUCCUCGCAAAAGAUUUGCUUCAAGAUGCAGAAAACUUUUUUAAAAAUUAAUGUGCCAAAAGAGAGAGACAAGGAGAAAGAUGAAAAUAUCCCAUGAAAUAUUAACAACCAGUUGUCUCCUUUGAGUUCUUGCCAGGAGCUUGGAACUUCAGUGAAAUUCUGGCAAAUGGAAUUUGAUCAAUCGACGACAACAUCUCACAAAUUCCUCUCCAUUUCUCCAAGUUAUUGCCAACGUCGGAAAUGCUGCUCAUUUCUACAACUGAAGUUCAUAUGUGGUCUAGUUGUUCUAUUUCUCAUUAUGCUUCCCAAUACCGCUGCAUAUGAUCCACUGGAUCCGACUGGAAACAUAACAAUAAAAUGGGAUGUAGUCUCUUGGACCGCAGAUGGCUACGUGGCAGCAGUGACGAUGAGCAACUUCCAAAUGUAUCGUAGCAUCAUGAGCCCCGGCUGGACUCUAGGAUGGCAAUGGGCUAAGAAAGAAGUGAUAUGGUCCAUGGUAGGAGCUCAAACCACAGAGCAAGGAGACUGUUCCAAGUUCAAAGGAAACGUUCCUCACUGUUGUAAGAAGAAUCCUAUAGUGGUUGAUUUGCUCCCUGGAGUUCCUUACAACCAGCAGUUCUCCAAUUGUUGUAAAGGCGGCGUGGUGUCUGCUUGGGGACAAGAUCCUAUAGGUUCAGUGUCGGCCUUUCAGGUGAGUGUUGGAGUCGCAGGAACUUCGAAUAAGACAGUAAAACUACCCACAAAUUUUUCUUUGCUUGGUCCGGGGCCAGGGUACACUUGUGGCCCUGCAAAGGUUGUGCCCUCCACAGUCUACUUCACACCUGAUCAUAGGCGAAAGACUCAGGCAUUGAUGACAUGGAAUGUGACAUGCACUUAUUCACAAUUUCUUGCCGCAAGGAACCCAAGCUGUUGUGUUUCAUUCUCAUCUUUCUAUAAUGAGACAAUCACUCCUUGCCCAUCCUGCGCUUGCGGUUGCCAGAAUAAAAACAACUGUAUUAGGAGUAAUUCGAAGGAGGCACACCGCGCAGGAAUAAACACUAGGAGGAAAGACAAUACACCAUUGCUGCAAUGCACACAUCACAUGUGCCCUAUAAGAGUGCAUUGGCAUGUGAAGCUCAACUACAAGGACUACUGGCGUGUGAAGAUUGCCAUCACUAAUUUUAAUUACCGGAUGAACUACACACAGUGGACGCUUGUUGCACAGCAUCCCAAUCUCAAUGCCGUCACCCAAGUCUUUAGUUUUGAUUACAAGCCUCUUGUGCCCUACGAAGCCAUAAAUGAUACCGGCAUGUUUUAUGGUAUGAAAUACUACAAUGACCUAUUGAUGGAAGCAGGGCCCCAAGGAAAUGUCCAGUCUGAGGUGCUCCUUAGGAAAAACAAGGACACAUUUACCUUCAAGCAGGGUUGGGCAUUUCCUCGCAAAGUCUACUUUAAUGGGGAUGAAUGCUUGCUGCCUCCUCCUGAUACAUACCCCUUCCUACCAAACUCUGCCCAUGUAAAUCCAAUUGCCAUAUUGACAAUGGCAUUCUCAGCACUCCUGUUUAUGUUUAACAUGUAGAGAUCAUCUGGAGAGAAGAAGAUUUUCAGAAAGUAUUGCAGAUAAAGAAGAGUGGUUUGUUUGCAUUGGACCUUCAUUCAUUACAGGUAUAAGUCAUAACUCAUUUCUAGAAACUUGCGGAUCUGGUCAGCGCGGGAUGAUUUGUGAUAGUUGUGAAAAAAUAAACUAAAUUUCACAUGAUCCAGAAAUUCCCCACUUUUGAGCUGCAUCAGUAUUGCAUCAUGGUGUAAAUUGAAUUGUCUCACUUUCUCUGUCUCUCGUGCAAGCUUAAAUGUCAUUUAUUAAUCUAUUAGCCUUUAUCUCUCCUGCAUUUUACAUAGUAUUCGGGAUGUAAAAUAGUUUUAUAUGGCUAAGUGCAAUAGAAACAUAACAAACCAUAUAUCAACUAUAAUUUCUUUUGAUGUUCGUCAAUACAAUGCUACAAACUUGUUUGUGGAUA